AUGGCCCGUCUCCGAGAGCUCAUCGCAGAUGUGGACGUAUUCAUCCAGGGAUUCCGGUAUGGAUCCUUGGACAGAAAAGGCCUUGGGCUCCGGGAUAUGUUAGAAUUAGCUGCGAGCCGUGGAAAAGGCAUUGUAUAUGUGGAUGAGAACUGCUAUGGUCCAGAUGGCCCCUUUGCUGAACGCCCAGGCUGGCAGCAAAUUGGCGAUGCAGCCUCCGGCUCUUCCUAUGUUAUGGGUAGGUCGUUGGGAUAUGCGGAUGAGAAAUGCGUUUUACCCCCCUUGCCAGUGUCCGAUAUGACUACUGGUGUAGUAGGUGCACUGGCAGCCAUGAUGGCUAUUCGCGACCGAGCAGUCAAAGGAGGCUCGUACCAUGUUCUUAGCUCUUUGGUUGCCGCAGACAACUUAUCACUGGAAGAGGAAGUCGGACUGUAUCCCCUAGACGUGGUUCGCGAGACGGCCGAGAAGUUUGGAUUUGUACCCUCAACUCCAGAUCAGUAUGUUAUGGAAAUCCUGCUCCAAGUCAUCGCUGGUUGGAAGAAGGGCCGGCCUGGGUACCUAGAUGAGGAUUCCCCAUUGAUGACCACUUUCGACCAAGGGCCAUGGGGACGGCAAACCUUGCUCAAGCCAGUUGUCAGGCUUGAUGAAGAGGCAGUAACUCCCCGCUGGACUACUGCCCCUGUACCCAAUUGCUACCACGACAGGAACAUCAACUGGCAUUAG